AAUUCAUCUCGUCCUGUUGCAGACACGUCGGUUGAGAGGACUGAAGGACGGGAAGGUAGAGAUCGGGAAGGACGGGACGGCGAAGGAGACGCGAGGAUGAGAUACAAGGUGAACGACCCGGAGGAUAAUGAGAGAGACACGGUGGAGAACGCGAAAGGAAACUCGGACGUCCCCUGGGAUUACAAUCAACGGGAUGAGAAGAAAUCGAGCGGGAAGGAGUUGCGGCUCGUAAUCGUCGUCGGAUUGUUAGCGGUGACCGUUAUCGCUCUUAUCGUAGCACUAACUUUGCAGAUGGCGAUUUUUCGCAAAGAAGAGUACAAGGAGAUGUGCCAGAGCGAGGAGUGCAUUAGGACAGCGGCACGAGUGAUAGGCGCGAUGAACAGGUCCGUGGAUCCUUGCCAGGAUUUCUACAACUUCGCCUGCGGCGGCUGGAUCAACAAGCAUCCGAUUCCUCAAAGUCAGAGUUUCUGGGAUCAGCUGAGCUUGCUCAGGGAGGAACUUCUGAAGAACUUAAGGAUUUUACUUGAGGAACCGGAUGAGGAAACCGAUCUCAAGCCGGUGAAGAUGGCGAAAGCUCUUUACAGGACCUGCAUGGAUGUCGCGAGUGUCGAAGCUCUAGGAUUGGAACCCAUCUUCGAGGUGCUCAAUAGUCUAGGUUUGCCAAAGGAGCCGCCGAUGCAGGGUAAAAUACCAUCUCUCGACAUAUCGAGGAUAGCUGGGAUAGGGCAGCGAACGCUAGGCUUGAGUCUCUUCAUCAAUUUUUACAUUAGCGAGGACGUUAAGGACACUACGAGGAAUCGGAUGAUGAUGGAGCAAGUAUCCCCCGGAUUUAGCGAGCGUUACUUAUUAGAUCCGCGGCGUUUUCAAUCGGAACUGAUGGAGUAUAAAAAGUACAUAAAAUCCAUGGUCGAACUGGCGGGAGCUGGCAACAUGAGUGCGAAUUACGCUAAUGAGAUUUUAGAAUUCGGCACGAAACUCGCCAGGAUCAUGGCGACAAACGAGGAACGGCGCAGUUCGGAUCAUCUCCUUCACGAGGUGACGAUCGACGACCUGCAAAAACUCACCGAUAUACACGCGCAGCAGUGGAAUUGGACGAGAUACGUGGAGGCUGUGUUCGAGAAUACGAACGUCACGAUAAAUCCGGCCGAGGAUCGAGUUAUCAUCGUGGACCUGCAGUAUUUGCAGAAAUUGCCGCUGCUGCUGUCCAUCACCCCGCCCGCCACGAUAGUGCGAUACGUCUGGUGGAGCGUGUACGCGACCGUUGCCCCUCUGACGCUGCAGAAGUUCCGCGAUCUCGGCUUCCAGUUCUCGCAGAAGAUCUUCGGCCUGAAGGAGAAGACGCCGCGCUGGAAGGGAUGCACCGGGAACGUCAACGGGAAUUUCGGCAUGGCGUUGAGCUACAUUUAUGCACAAAGGCACUUCAACGAACAGGCACGAGAAAAGGCAUUGGAGAUGCUGCUGGAUAUCAGGGCGGCGUUCGACGAGAUGGUCACGGAGCUGGACUGGAUGGAUGCCGGCACGAGAGCUCGAGCCCAUAGAAAAUUGCAGGCGAUGAGGCCGUUCGUAGGAUUUCCCGACUGGGUCACGAAUCCAGAGGAGUUAGACAAGUUUUACGAAGGGGUGGAGGUGAUCGACGGGAAGCUGUUCGCGACCUUUCUGAAGCUAACUGACGUGGCGAUGAAAAAAAGCUUUAAUAAUUUGCGCGAGAAGCCCGACAGGAGCAGAUGGAUAUCGACAGGCACGACAGUGAACGCAUUUUACAGCGCGAUAUUAAACUCAGUCACUUUUCCAGCCGGCAUCCUGCAUCCUCCGUUUUACGGCAACGGAUUGGAGUCCAUCAAUUACGGUGCUAUGGGGGCGAUUAUGGGCCACGAACUUACCCACGGUUUCGACGACCAAGGACGCCGGUACGACGAGAACGGCAAUCUACGGCAGUGGUGGAGCGAUGAGACGUUGCGACACUAUCACGAGAAAGUGCAAUGUAUAAUCGAGCAGUACAGCAGUUAUCAUUUGCCGGAGUUGGGUGAUAAUUUCACGGUGAACGGUAUCAACACCCAGGGUGAAAAUAUUGCCGACAACGGCGGCAUCAGGGAAGCUUACAGAGCGUAUCAGAGGCUGAUUACACGCAGUCCGUACCAGCAAGCCCUCCCUGGUCUUGUCGACUACAGCAACGAGCAACUGUUCUUCUUAGGUUUUGCACAGGUCUGGUGCGGCAAUUAUACAAACGGAGCGUUGAAGUCCAAAGUGAUAGAAGGUGUCCAUGCGCCAAAUCAUUUUCGAGUUAUCGGCACGCUGUCGAACAACGCGGAGUUCGCAAAGGCCUGGAAGUGCCCGCUCGGUAGUCCAAUGAACCCGUCGCACAAGUGCAUCUUGUGGUAGACAUCCUUCGCAUUAUUUCGAGCGGUAUGAAACGUAACGACGCCUAAAAAACUGUUAUCUCGUUCAGGUUUAAUCUCUCGUGACAGAAGAAGGCGUUGGUGCAGUGAUAAAUCUAAGAAAUUGUAAAUAGACUGAUUUAUAAUUAUAAGAACCUAGUGAGUAAUUUAUUAAGCACCUAGGCGCUCUAUUCUUACUCUUAAGCUUAUCAUGUAAAUAUCACACGAUGAAAAAAAAAAAAUAACUUUUGUAAAGAGA